AUGGAGGAUCAACGCGGCGCCGCAAGUCAGGAGACCAUGGACAUCCUGCAUGAUCUCUCACAGCUGCUCAACACCGGACUCUCCCGCGAACAACUUCGAGCUUGCACAGAGCUUAUAGAAAGCGGCGUGAACGCUGAAGCUGUUGCUGAGAUGAAGCAGGGUCUGAUCCGCAAGACGCAGCCACCCCCGGUCGUCCGAUCGUCGUCGCCCGGCUCGGACCCGAUGCAAGACUCUGAAUUCAACUAG